CGCACCGGCUCACCGCAGUCUCGUUCGCGUCCGUAUAAAMUAACAAUAUCAUWAUUACACAUUCUUCCGAUUUCGGUUUCAUUUCGCUUUCGAUUUCACUUUGAUUCCCAAGACUGCCGUCGAACUGCAUCAGCAUUGAGCCUCGCCAUGMGCUCGGGUCUUGCCGCCCACCGUAAACGCCGACACUGACAUUACAUUAUACACGUAAAAUAUUACAUACCUAGUGAAACACGUCAUACCAGCACGGACAUUAGGCCGCCAUGGACUCGGGACUGGCACGGUUCGCCGUGCUCAUAGUGUUGUUCUUCCUGUUGACCGGUGACUUAGCCGGCAUGGUCAAGCACAUGUUCGAGGAAGCCGGAUACGGCGGGAAACAGCACAACAGCCAUUAUCAUCCUCAGCAGCGGAACCAGCAGCGGUCUGCUGAAAAGUCGACGGGCCAAGGAAUGGCUUGGUCGUCAGCUAAACCAUCGGCGUCGGCGGGCCCACCCGAUGACAUCGGCGACAGUGAACGGAUGGCGAACGACCAAGGCGAGGGUACCGACGAAGAUCCCGACAUGGAAGCGUUCGCCAAAUCGUAUUCGGCUCGAAUGAAACUGGUCAACACCAUCAAGGAAUCGUGUUUGCCGAAACUCAUUUGCGAACUGACUGCGUCUACGAAUCGGGACUCGCUCACCGAAUCCGAGAGAUACCUGUUGUCGCUCAUUAGAGAAACAACUAUUUCCACGACGGCCGAAGUGACGUCUAAAUAUCAUUUCGCUGCGCACAUGGGCCAACUCAUCAACGGUAUCGACAACACGGGAUGUCACAACUUYUAUCCCGGAUGUCCGUUUCCCGGAUUACAAGUGAUGCAAAUGAUGAAGAAAGUGAAGAUCUUGUAAAAUAAUAACUAUACCUACGUGUGUGACGCCAACGCAGCGACCACAGUCUAGUCCUUAAACCUAUAUGCAUCGUAAUAAUAAUAUAAUAAUUGUAAUAAAAUCGCGGUGUACCUAUAACCACUUUUCAAAAUGUAGGCAGACCUGCUGAUGAUUGUAGUGUACGACUUAUUGUUUUAACAUUAACGUCACUUGCAGUAAGUUGGUCAAAAUGUACAAAAUUAAGUGACUUUUUUUACGUCUACCUUCGCGAACAUGUCUUGUGACACAAGAUAUAAUAUGUCCACGCCAUCAUCUUAGUAAAGUUGUCAUGAGAUGAAGUAUUUUUAUGUUAUUACGGUGACCAUCACUGACCAGUUGCGUAAAAGAAAUCAAUAACUUUAUGUUUUUUUCUUUUUUAUACAUCUAUAUAAAUAAUUAC